GCCAAUGUGGACUAAUCAUAAUAUUUUCUCUGACAAGGAGUGAGCAAGAAGCAAAACACUUCCAUCUCACUUGGGAUUAGCACUAGUUGAACUGCAACUGCAAUAUGGAAGGUAGAGAAGCCCAAAUUUCGAGCACUGGUACCAAACGUGGUGGCUGGAUCACCUUCCCCUUCAUCACUGGAGCGGCAGCGGGCUUCACACUUGGAGGCGUAGGAUGGUUGGCAAACCUGAUCGUUUUUCUGAUUCAGGUGUUCAAUGUGAAAAGCAUAAACGCAGCUCAGAUUUAUAACAUAGCAAAUGGUAGCACCAAUUUUUUUCCGAUCAUUGGAGCAAUAGUUGCUGACUCUUUCCUUGGUUCUUUCGCUGUUGCCGCAAUUUCUGCCUCUAUCUCUUUGCUGGGCAUAAUUCUCAUAACCUUGACUGUAAUACUUGAUCCCCUGAGACCUCAGUCAUGUAAUAAUGGAUCAAGCUUGUGCAAACCACCCUCGAAUGUCCAAUAUGCAGUCCUAUACACUGGUUUAGCUAUGGCAACUUUUGGGUUGGGCGGUACACGUUUUACUAUUGCAACGAUGGGAGCAAACCAAUUUGAUAAGCCAAAGGAUCGAGAAAUUUUCUUCAACUGGUAUUUCUUUACUUUCUAUUUUGCCUCUGCGGUAAGCAACACGGCCAUUGUCUACAUUGAGGAUAAUGUAAGUUGGAGAGUGGGAUUUGGCAUAUGUGCAAUUACUAACUUCAUUGGCUUGGCCUUUCUCUUAUUGGGAAACCGCUUCUACCUUCAUGAUAAGCCACAAGGGAGCCCAUUCACAAGUAUAGUUCGUGUUAUUGUUGCCACUAUUCAAAAAUGGAAGAUUAAACUCUCAUCCAACAUCGAGGAUUACUACUACAAGCAUGAUGGAAUCACAGAAACAGCUACAAUACCUAAAAUGAGCUUCAGGUUCCUCAAUCGUGCAGCAUUUAAAACAGAAGGAGAUGUUGGAUCGGAUGGUUCAAUUGCGAAACCUUGGAGGAUAUGCACAAUACAACAAGUAGAAGAUCUCAAAACCCUUAUUAGGAUUUGCCCUUUAUGGUUAUCAGGUAUAUUCUUAAGUACCCCAAUAGGAGUCCAAGGCAGUUUGACAAUCCUCCAAGCUUUAACUAUGGAUCGCCACCUUGGGCCUCAUUUUCAAAUCCCUGCUGGGUCUAUCCUAGUUUUAUGCAUGAUCUCCACAUCUGUAUUUCUUGCAAUUAUUGAUCACUUCCUAUGUCCUAUGUGGCAGAAGCUAACUCGUAGGUCUCCUACAUCCCUCCAACGAAUAGGGUUAGGACAUGUGCUAAACAUUCUAAGUAUGGCAAUUUCAGCACUAGUGGAAGCGAAGCGACUCAAAAUAGCCCAAGCCCACCAUCUCCAAGGCCAGCCCGGGGCCAUAGUGCCCAUGUUGGCCUUGUGGCUAUUUCCACAAUUAGUUUUGGUUGGCAUCGGAGAAGCAUUUCAUUUCCCAGGACAAAUUGCAUUAUAUUAUCAAGAAUUUCCUGUGGCACUUAGAAGUACAUCAACUGCAAUGAUUGCAAUGAUUAUAGGGAUUGCCUAUUAUUUGAGCACGGCUUUGAUUGAUCUUGUCCGAAGGGUUACUGGAUGGUUACCAAAUAAUAUAAAUAAUGGGAGGCUAGAUAAUGUGUAUUGGUUGUUAGUUGUGGUGGGAGUGCUUAACUUUGGUUAUUACUUGGUGUGCGCUUCUUUAUACAGGUAUCAAAAUGUUGAAAAGGAAGAAGAAGUUAGUAAUUCUGGCACUAAUAGGUGAUGCUCAUGGUGAACAAUGCAAGAAGCUCACUUGUAUUUCUCUAUUAAUAGGCUUAGGGUACAUAUUUAAUAUUUUCACAAUCGUUGAUAUGGACUAUUAUAAUUGGUGUAUAAUAAAAGUAGAAUUGAUAGUAGACCAAGGUGAAAUCAUGUUGAUUUAAUCAUAACAAAUCAUGGUAAUAAUUGUGUAAAUUAUUAUGUGGGCAGUAUUACUAGUUUUAUGAUCACUGUAUGUGUGAUUUUAUUGUGAA